AUGUCCAUCACUAGCCGACGGGAGCUUCCUACGCCUACGCUGGGGGACAGGCCAGCAGCCGCCUGCCUCCUGGUGCCGCACGGCCAAGGCUACAUCAAGAGCAUUCAGGCGUUGGAACUGUGGAGAAUGCACAUGGACAAGACGGGAUCCGCGCUGGAUGCGGAGCUGGACAAGACUGAGACGGGUAGGUACGGUCACAAGUGCGUCGUCUGCCAGAAGACAAUGACCCGUGGUGCUGACGAUCAUUUAAAGUCCAAGAGCCACUGGACCGAGCUAUGCAAGAAGGUGGGCAAGAACAUGCCCCAACCAAGACUGGCCUUGGAGAAGGGAAAGUCCUGGUGGCAGGAAUUUUCGAUCCCUCAAGGGAAGUGCCUUCUGAACCAUCUCACGGGUGGCCUGGAGAUUGCCGGGGCAGAGCCUGCAGGAUACACCAGUGGAUGCAAUGGCGCGGCAAAUGGUGCUUCUUCUUCUUCUGCUUCUUCGCAGUCUUCAAGUGCAGAUGCUGCUGCCAUCAUGAUCGUGCCCCACUAUACGACUUGGCGACAGGUUUUGAGUGAGAGCCUUGAGACAUGGCUCAAGUUCAUGGAGCCAGCAGCCACAGUGCUGGAAGAGCAGGUGCCACACAGCUAUGACUGCGUGUGCACCGUCUGCGGCAACAAGGUCAUGACGAGUGGUGCCAAGCAUCAUCUAACAUCUCAGGGCCACUGGCAAAAUCUGAUCGACAAGAUGCAGACAUUGAGUUGGGACCUUCCCCCCGACAGCAUGACUGGCUGCUGGCCGUGGGUGCAAGAGAUCCCGACGCCGUCGGGCACGUACAUUUUCAACCACAUUACCAUGGGCCAGUUGUUGAAGAAGACGCGGAAGGUGGGACCGACGAAGUUACCAACCACGUACGAAGAGUUCAUUGCCGAAAGAGAGGCCAUCAUUGCCGAGGCGCUGGCACUGCUUCGUGAACAGGAUGUCGAAAUCCGACGCCUCCGGCUACAAGUGGCACUCUCUGAUUGCGGCGACUAUCAACGUCGAUCGUCGAGGUGA